UCGCACCGCCCUCGCCCGCCGCCGCCGCCGCCGCUCCUGCAGCUGCAGCGGCGCCUGCACAACUUUCCGCCCGCGCCUCCGCGAGCGCGCCGCUACCACUCUGGCUGUCUCCACUCCCGCGUCCUUGCCGCCCCUUCUCCUUCUCUGCUGCUAGGUGGCCAAGAAGGAAGACGCAAUUCAGUCAGGAUGGCUAAAGGUGACCCCAAGAAACCAAAGGGCAAGAUGUCUGCUUAUGCCUUCUUCGUGCAGACAUGCAGGGAAGAACAUAAGAAGAAAAACCCAGAGGUUCCCGUCAAUUUUGCCGAGUUCUCCAAGAAGUGCUCUGAGAGGUGGAAGACCAUGUCUAGCAAAGAGAAAUCGAAGUUUGAUGAAAUGGCAAAGGCAGAUAAAGUCCGCUAUGAUCGGGAGAUGAAAGAUUAUGGACCAGCUAAAGGAGGCAAGAAGAAGAAGGACCCGAAUGCCCCCAAAAGACCUCCGUCUGGAUUUUUCUUAUUCUGCUCUGAAUUCCGCCCCAAGAUCAAAUCCACAAACCCUGGCAUCUCCAUUGGAGAUGUGGCAAAAAAGCUGGGUGAGAUGUGGAAUAACUUAAGUGACAAUGAAAAGCAGCCUUACGUCACCAAGGCAGCAAAGCUGAAGGAGAAGUAUGAGAAGGAUGUUGCUGACUAUAAGUCUAAAGGGAAGUUUGAUGGUGCCAAGGGUCCUGCUAAAGUUGCCCGGAAAAAGGUGGAAGAAGAGGAAGAGGAGGAGGAAGAGGAAGAAGAGGAGGAGGAAGAGGAGGAAGAUGAAUAAAAGCUCUGUCUCCUUGUGAAUACCUUAGAGUAGGAGAGCGCUGUGAUU